CAGUGUUUUUUCACUUUGUGUUACAUUCACUUUCGGGGCUAGCUGCCUGCCUGCCUAAUUCUCUAGCUGCGAGCAAAAUAAAUUGUGCUUCGAACUGACGUUCCCCAAGUCUGAACUGGAGCGCCACUAAUUGUAAACUUCUAAAAGUGUUGUGAGGAAUAAUCAGAUACAAACAAGAAACCAGAAAGAUGAGUGCUUCCGGCGACGGUGAUGCUAAGCAAAUAAUUGUUGAACCAUUCCUUGAUCUUUCUGACGAGUCCAGUAGUGAUGAAGUGGAGCUGACUGGCGGCACGGCAAUCUCACUCAAAGACCCGUGGACAAUGCGCCCAAUGAAAAAUCCACUUCGUAACAAGAUUUGCAACCAUUUCUAUGACAGUGACACGGUCAAUGACUUGAUCAAGCGCAAGGCCCGCGUCCAGUGCCCGGUCUUGGGUUGUGUCAACAAAAACUUCAUCACACGGGCUGACCUGGUGGAGGAUCGCGAUGCCGUUCAGCAGGUUCGCCAGCUUAGCCUCUCUCCAAACCAGAAAUCAGUUACAUGUACAAUUGAUUUAGUGGAUGAUUCUGAUUAAUACCGUGUAAUGCUGUGAAAAUGAAUAAAUUAUAAUUCAUAA